AUGGCAACGGCGUCGCGACUUAUGGCAAGGCUCGACCGCAACGGCCGGCGGGCGCUGUAUGACGACGUCCUUCUGUGCGAGUACGGUGAGCUGGGCGCGAUCGAGCUUGAGCCGGACCCGUCGACGGCGGGAUACUACAUGCCACAUCAUGCAGUAUUCAAGGCCGAAUCCACGACGACGAAGACGCGCGUCGUUUUCAAUGCGUCCGCGUCACAGGCCGGCUGCGAGUCGUUGAACGCUCUGCUGGACCCGGGCCCGUCGUUACUACCGAGCUUAGCAGGCUUGCUGAUUCCGUUCCGGGAACAGCCGGUCGCCGUGCAAACCAACAUCAGGAAGGCCUUCGUUAUGAUCGGUAUGAAGGAGGCCGACCGGCGCUAUCUCCGAUUUCUGUGGAGCGAUGCGUCAGACAAGAUGCAGGUCUGGCGACUGGCGAGGGUGCCGUUCGGGGUGAAUUGUUCACCGUUUCUGCUCACAGCAGUGCUGCGGACGCACCUGGAGUCCUCGCUGGAGCAUGCCACGCCGACCGAGGCAGACGUCUUUGGCCGGUUGCGCGACAGUCUGUACGUCGAUGACUGCAUUGCCAGCGUGCAAACGAAUGACGCGGCACGCCAGUUCAAGAAGAUCGGCACCGCGUGCCUGGAGACAGCGGGCAUGGAUCUGCGGAAGUGGAAGUGCAAUGUUUCGCUUGGAGAUGACGAGGUACAGUCGAGCGGCAAGGUGCUCGGUCUCUGCUGGAAUGGCGAAGAGGAUUCGCUUCGCAUUCCGGUGCCUCCAGACUGUGACGAUCCGACGACAAAGCGCCAGCUGCUGCACUGCGUGGCCAGCCUGUACGACCCUCUUGGGUUCGCGUCGCCGUACGUCCUGCAGGGAAAGCUGUUCCUCAAGGAGCUAUGGCAGGAGGCUGUCGCGUGGGAUGACCAGGCGGCUGCAAGCAUGCAGGUGUUGAUCCGGCGAUGGUGGAGAGAGAGGACAGCUCUGCAGCACCAGCCACUGCCGCGCUACCUCAGCUGCAGCGCCGAAGCAGUGAUACAUCUGUUUGUCGACGCCUCUGAGAGCGGGUUCAGCUGCUGUAUCUACGCCACGUGGCCCAGAGUCAGCGAGCUGAUCUUCAGCAAAGCCAAGGUUGCUCCGAUGAAGCAGCAGACCCUGGCACUGAUGGAACUGCAGGCAGCAUUUGUCGGCAGUCGCUAG